CAUGUUGGAUUUGUGAUUUUUUACAUGGAGGUCUGCAUAAAGAAGUAAAGGACUGAGGAUACCAUUUCAAAAGUGGAAGAAAGACAAGUGAUGUUUAUUUCUAUACAGUAAAUAGGUUCACUCAGUUUAGUUCACCUGUCACCAAACCAACUCACUUUGAAACGAAUUUUGAGGCGAACGGGUUUUGAGGGUAACAGUGACCCUGGUUCUAAGAUAGCUGGUUAAAGUGACAGCAUUUCAGCAUGAAAUGUGAUGAGUGGAAGGGGACAGCCAAAUCUUAGUAGAUCGAAAAAACUUAGAGAUAAAAAAGUCUCUAGCCUAAGAGACAACUCUCAAGACUCAACCAGGAGUGAGAAAGAAUCUUCAAAUGCACGCACAAGCCAGAAAGAUGAGGGAAGAAAGAAAGAGACGUCCAGGACAAGGACAAGUAGAAGCCCGCGCAAGACACGGGAAAGCAACAAAAAUCAAUUUGUCACUGAGAAGCCAUCGAAUUCCAAAAUAUUGUCUGGAAGGAAAGAUGAUAUUAAACAGAGAAGCAGUGCUUUGACAAACGAAAAGGGGAGAGAUGCAAAUAAAAGUGCAUCCAAUGAUAGACAUGCUUUGUUUCAAGACAAUUCAAAGCUUGCACAAAUGAUUGGUCAAUUGACAAAUAUGCAUGGUGACAGUGGCAACAGGCUGCAGGUUUCUAAGCAAUUCAAAGAAUACAUUCAAGACCCAGCUAAUAUUGAGCUUCUCAGAUACAAUAGCAGUAACAUCUUCACCGCUUUGGAAGAAGUUUUAAAAGAGAGAGGACAAAAUGAGCUUAAAGAUCAGAUAAUAUCUAGCAUUGGCUUGAUUGGAUUGCUGCUAGACAUGGAUUCUGAAAGGUUCUUCAAAUGGGUGUUCUCAAAAGUUCCUAAUGCUUCUAGCGACCAUUUAAGGGUUUUGUACCUACGCACUGUCUUAGAAGCUGUAAGACUUGAUGGUGGAAAACAAACUUUUUAUAGUGCAAUGCCGAGGAUUAUGGCAAGUUUGCAAGAUAUACUGGAAAAUGCUGAUGUACCAGAUUUGUUAUUGGUCAAUAUGGACAUCAUAUGCAUAAUCAGUGCUGAUUAUCCAGAUAUUUUUGAGGAGUAUUUUAAGGACAUUGUUGAUAUCUUGGUUGGCUGGCACAUUGAUACAAGUCAAAGUGAAGCGCUGGUUAAAAGCACCUCAGAGUGUUUGAUCAGAUUUCAUGCUUACUGGGUUGCUGAUAUGGGGUUUUCCUUAACGCUUCUGAGCCAGUUUAUGGAAGAUAUGGAAGCUUACUCUGAGGUGCUCAAGAAUGCAUUCCAAAGUGACAACAACGAAGAAGAAACAAGCUCAGCUUUUAAAGCAUUGCCGAAGCUGAGCUCUCUUGUCAGUGUUUUUACGACAGUUGUCUCAGGAAUUGGCGACCUUUUCAUUCCGGGCAGAGGUUGCCUUGUCAACGCAUCAUACGUCAAUGAAACGGUGACAAGAAUAAUCCAGUGUACAGACAUAACAUCGUAUGGUAUUCAGUUCGAGAAGCUUCUAAUUUCAGCAAACGACUGUUUGAAGGUGAUGAUUGGCUAUCUAACCUCACACUUUGCACCAAACUGUCACCAAGUUGCAGAUUAUGUCACAGGACAGCUGUCGUCUGAAGAAACUCUCUCUUAUUGUCACUUAGUAUCCAUUUUGUCGUUAUUAGAAACCAUGUUUCUCAAGGUAGGCUUGUCAGUUCCGGUCAAAGUCGUCAACACUCUAUUUCAUGCCGAUUCUGCGCUUUAUAAACUGCGCAGUGUCAGAAGUGCAAAGGUCUACGCUUUGUUACUGCGAACAUUCGAAGCACUAUUAAGCACAAAGAACAUUCCUAUUGUCCAAGCAGCUUACAAAUGCUUGGCUGAUGACGUUGCAGAGAAUUUUCAUACACUCAAGGCUCUCACUGCAGCUGACUGGGAUGACGUUACUGGCGAGGAAAUUACAGAUGCAGAAGGAGAAAUGGCGAAUAGUGAAGCAACUAAAGAGGCAGAGAUACAAUCAAAGCAAUGUGAAAAUGGAAGCAGGGCAGAAGAGAUACAUGACCAUAUCAUAUUUGAUCUGUCGGUUCUUGCUGAAAUAGUGACAUACAAAUCAGCCAUUGUUGGUGCUUGGAAUGUCAACCCAAACACAUUUCAUUUGCUAACAAACACCAUCUCACCGCUAAAUGAAGUUGUUGCAGUACGAUAUCCUUUAGUGCAGUUCAGCAUAAUAUCGACACUCUAUACCCAUUCACAGAGAUCCAAUCAUUUCUUGCAUAUUGGAAAUGCGAAGAAAACCAUUGUGUCACAAGAGUUUUCGCAAAUAAUUAAGAUUAUUUGCCACAUUGUAUCUGACCUCUCCUCUUCACCAGAUUCGAGGGAAGUAUGUACCUUGUGGCUAACCGAUAUCGUCAAAACACUUCAAGGGAUUUCAUCAUAUCAGUUCAAGACAUUUGAAAAUUUGUCAUCUUUGUUUGAUGCACAGAUAAAUGCUUCUUUCAGUGCGGAGAAGUCAGUGGUUUUUCUGUCUGCUAUGUGCCUUGAGGCCUUUCUCAGUGGAGAAACUACGUGUGAAUUCACUUUGCCAAGGGUGUUGAUCGAGAACUUUUUUCACCUCAACGACACGAGGCCAGAAAUACAAGACAUGUUUCUCAAGAUCAUUUUGAAGUUUCCAGUGGAUGUCCUUGCAGGGGUGGCUGCUUCUCAAUCGCUUAGUUGUAUCAGACAUGCAAGUGAAGGCCACUUCAAGGAAGUUACGUGCAGGGAAGACAUUUGGUUGGCUAAGAAGUGUCACAUGAUGAGGACUGCCACAGGCACUCUGCGGUCUCACAACUUCAAAGUGAUCAUGGGCCACAUUUUGCAAGGUCUCCACUCAAAAAAUGAGGCCACCUGGAUUCAAGACAUCUACUUUGCCUGCCAAAGACUCGGGAAGAUAACACCGCCUGCAAUGGGUGACAUGAAUUGCAUGCAGAGGCUUUGUUUGUUACACGAUUCCAGUCUCCCACUAAACGUGAAUUGCUCCGGGGAAUUGCUUUGGUUUUGGGCCACUUGGGAAGCGGCUCAGUUUUGCCUUUUAGCAAGGCUAAAGACCCCAUUAGGAAAGGCAAUGGAAACCUUUAAUGCCAUUGAAGGAGUGCUGAAAGAUUUGGAACAAAGUCUGCAGGGUGACAUGUCACGUCUGUCUGCAAGUAACGGGGAGAAAAUGGCAGGCUCAAACCGAGCUUCAAACACUACGCAUGACCGGAAACUGCGCCAGUCGCUAUUAUUGCUCCAGUUUUUAGAAAGUUUGGAAAAACAGAUGUACAAUGCAUUUGAAGGAUGUGCGGUAUCGCUGCCCCAGCCCAUGCGUGCUGUUAGAACUUUUUUUCGAACGAAUAAGACAACAUGUCAGGAGUGGUUGAUGAGAAUUCGUGAACCUGCAUGUCACGUGGCUGCAAUGGUUGGCUGUCCAGCAACUGCGAUCAGAUAUGGCUUUUCAUGGCUAAAAUCGCUUAAAGACAGCGGAUGUGUGCACGGGGCUGAAUUUGAGAGAGCUGUUGUUGUUGUUGCGAGCUGCCUUUGUCAAGCACAGUCUUGGGAAUCUGUAAGUGGUCUGCUUGAAUGGUGUAAAAAUGUUGCUGGACGAAACUUCUUCUGGCUUCAAGGCUUUGUCUCAAAAUCGAAAGGAUGUUUAGAGAAUGCCAGUGAACAGUUGAAGAGUGGAUUGGAGAAAUAUCUGUCUCCCGAUAGACAACUCCUUGAACACGUUGAAGACCAAAGGCAAAAGAAAAAACUGACGGUACUGACUAAAGAGCCUGUAAUCCAUUCAGAUGCACAAGUCACUAAUUCCCUUUCAAAUGAGGUCCUGGAUUGCUACAUGAAGCUUGGCGAUUGGAGCUCAGUCCAAAAUUGGUGCCAACACCUCUACGAAAUGAAUCAGAAGCUACACAACGUACAGGGCUUGUCAGCGAAAGUCGAUCUGAAUUAUGUUAAAGCCAUGGCCAAGUUUGAUGAUAAUGACUUCCCAGGCGUUAGAGAGCAGCUUGAGCUGAUACCAGGUGCAACCAUAUCCAAUGUGUUGCAGGAGCAAUUUCCUGUAUUGGGGACUGUUCACGAAGAGAAGGAUCACAGUGUUGCCUCCAAGAAGGAAAAUGAUAGCAAGAGCGUGUUAAGAUUGGGGGUAGGCUCAUGGAAAGCCCGUGAACUGAUGAUGCAGAGUAAACUGUACCUUCUACAAGCAUUGACACUAUAUUGGUCAUCAGGACUAAACACAUUGAAAGGAAGAAGAAGCGAUAGUUUGCAUAGCACAUCAUGGGAAACACUAGAAGAGCUUCUUACACGCGCCAAGGAUACUUUAAUGACGCUAGUUCGCGACUUAUUCCUUUGCGGUGUUCCAAAUGAAUCUGCACUGAUCACUAUGCAAUUGAGAACUUUAUCUACGAUCCACGAUACAUUCUUUGCAUUGUCAAACGAUCAAGACAAUGAAAGUUUUACGGUGAAGAUUUCGAAUAUCCAGAGAUGUUUAGACCACAGUAAGACAGAUGCCGGUGUUCUCAACGAGGCUCUGCAGUCUGCAUCAUAUCUUCAGUUCCAUCACUCUGCAAACAAGAAAGGUUGGGUGGCUCAAUCGUCAAAUGCACUCAGUGAGGUUUCUGGAAUAUCGUCGUUGCAGGUUUAUUCUGCGAAGCUGGCUAGAAAGCAAGGAAAUGUGAAGUUGGCAGAGGCCUUGCUUGCUAAACAGCUGUUGUUGUCUGAAGGUAAAGGUCACUCUGAUAGCAAGCUGCAUAACAUCGGCAAUGCACAAAUAAGGUUGAGACAACUUUCAACUUCUGCUCAUUCAGGAAAAGUCUCAGACCCCUUGUCAGCUGUUGAGAUUCUCAGGGAAUCUGCUAAACUGAAGCGAGUUCUCGGUCAAAGCUCUGAUGCCGCUGACACCUUGUGCUCAAGUAUAAUUUUGGCUGAAAGGCAUCAUUUAUCUGUGCAGAAAACGACAGGCGCCUGUAGAUUAUCAGAGGUUUCAGCUAGUUCGCUAUUGACGCUCUCCCGCUGGCUGCUUGCAGAACCUAAACUGCUUAACUCACUGCCAAAUGAAGUUGAUGAUCCUGUGCUUAUCGGGGCUAAAAUCAAAGAGAUACUGAAGAUUAUUGUGAAGACUGGUGGCCUUUCAGUAAAACUUCUGCAAAAUGUGAGCUUUUCUGUUAUUUCGUUGCCAGAAUGUGACAAGAUUUGUGGCCAGCUGCUGCAUUUUUCUACCCAUCGUUGUCCAUCUCUUGACAAAACAUGGUAUGCGUACGCCGAGUGGUGCUACAAGUGGGGCAGGAAGGCAGUGGAGCAAGCAAGCCGGAAUGGAAAAAUUGAAUUGCUCGAGGAGGAGAAAGAUAAAAUCACCAAAAUUUUACCGGAGGGUACGAAACGCGAGGAUAUCGAAUCAGUAAUGUCAAUCUUAAGUAAAGCCCAUUCAAGUAAAUUGAUCUCUCCGGAUGAGGAUAUAUCAACUACAGAACUCACCGAGAACCUAACCGAAGAUGACGAGGAGAAGACAAAGUAUCAACUAACAAUGGCGUGUCCAAACCUGAUGCAAGAACCUUCUCUGAUUUCAUCGUUGCUCUCAAUUUGGCGUGGCAUCGUAGAUCGCGUUUUCUCUUAUUAUAAGCAAGCAAGCGCUGCCUACUUCACAUAUCUUAAACUUGGAGAUGCUCAGUUGGAUAAUCUCAAGGAACAUAGAAGUGAGCAUGGCCAUAUCACGGCUACUCUGAGGAUUCUCAGACUAUUGGUGAAAUAUUCAGGAGAGCUGAAACAGGAGCUUGAAGCCCAGCUGGGUCAGACUCCAACAAAACCAUGGAAAGGGAUCAUUCCGCAACUGUUUGCUCGUCUAAACCACCCUGAAAUAUACGUUCAAACGAGUGUGGCAAGCUUGCUAUGUCGCAUCGCAAAAGACUUUCCUCAUCUCAUAGUCUACCCAACCGUGGUUGGUUGCAGUGACGUCAUCCCUGCUCAGCUAAGCAAAACAUCUGCCGCUGGAAUUUUGAAAGGCUAUAAGCUGAUGGACACAUCGGAGUACUGUGAUCAACCUCAAGAUGACGCGGCUGAGGGUGAAAAUGAAGAAGGAAAUAGCCAAGAUGAUAUGCAGCAAGAAGGAGUGAACGACAAAAUCUUUCAGAGCUCAUUACACACAAUAUUGGACUCUUUGUCUAGCGAUAACCCUUGCCUCGUCAGUGAAGUAAAAACAGUUGUAAAGGAAUUAAGGCGAAUUACUCUACUUUGGGACGAACUUUGGAUUGGUUCAUUAAUGCAACUCAAUCACGAAGCACAAAGGCGAAUUCAGCAGUUGAAAGAAGAAAUCCAUCGUGUUAAUGAAAACCAGACGUUGUCUGCACCACAGAAGACUGCUUUGAUCAAAGAAAAGUACACGGCCCUCAUGAAACCUCUUGUCUUCUCUCUGGAACGUCUUGAAAAAAUCACUAGUCAAGAACCGGAAACCAAGCACGAAGAAAGCUUCCAAAAAAGCUUUGGUCAUACUGUGCAUAAGGUCAUUGAGAAGCUGAAAAUGCCUAUUGACCCCUCCGACCCACAGAAGAACUGGGAACCAUUGAAACAGCUGCACGCUGCCCUGCAUGCAAGAACUAACCGGAGGUCCAUGAAUACGUUAUCAAUGGAAGAGAUAAGCCCAAUUCUUGCUAAGGGAAAGUUUCAACAUAUGCCAUUGCCAGGGUUUGACUUCAGUGGAAACCAGGUUUUGAUUCUUGAGUCGUUUGCCGACGAAGUGGUGAUCUUGCCAACAAAGACAAAACCGAAGAAGUUAGCCAUGAUUGGAUCAGAUGGGCAUAGAUAUACGUAUCUGUUUAAAGGGUUGGAGGAUCUUCACCUCGACGAAAGGAUUACUCAGUUCUUAGAGAUUUGCAAUCAUAUGUUUGCAAAGGAUGAGAAGUCUUCCAUCAAACGUUUUGUCGCACGAAGGUAUUCCGUGACACCAUUGGGCUCCAGAUCUGGUCUUAUUCAGUGGGUUGACGGCUCUACCCCGAUAUUCACUCUUUACAAACGAUGGCAACAGAGAGAUGCUGCCACUCAGAAUAUAGCCAAGGUCUCUCAGGCGGAAAAGACUGCUCAUAUCGUGCCUACAGCCCCUUUACGGCCAAGCGAGCUAUUCUAUAACAAGAUAUCGCCAUUGCUGAAAGAAAAGGGUAUACAUGAUUCCGCGAAUUCAAGGAAAGACUGGCCGUUGGCGAUUUUAAAGAAAGUUUAUCAUGAGCUUUCAGAUGAAACUCCGUGUGAUUUGUUGGCCAAGGAGCUUUGGUGCUCUUCGACAACAGCCGCUGAUUGGUGGAAAGCAACGAAAAAGUAUUGUCGUUCCGUGGCUGUGAUGUCGAUGAUUGGGUACGUGAUUGGUCUUGGGGACAGGCAUCUUGACAACAUCCUUGUGGAUUUCUCAACAGGCGAGGUUGUUCAUAUCGAUUACAACGUUUGUUUUGAAAAAGGGAAAGCGCUUAGAGUGUCUGAAAAGGUCCCAUUCAGAAUGACGAGAAACAUCGAGGCAGCACUUGGCAUUUCAGGUGUUGAGGGACUGUUUCGAAUUUCAUGCGAGAGGGUGAUGCAAAUUCUUCGCCAAGGAAGAGAAACACUUCUUACCCUAUUGGAGGCAUUCGUUUAUGAUCCAUUGGUGGACUGGACCACUGCCAACGAUGCUGCCUUUGCUGGUGCUUUUUUCGGAGGCCGAGCAGCUGGGGUAGAUGCUAGCAAAUAUAGCAAGAAAGAAAUGGAAAGAAGUAUUACUCAAACGUUAUUGGCAACCAGAACGGCAGAAAUGAGAGUAUCUUUGACGUCUAACAGGGACGACUUGCUGGCAGUAUUGCAGAAGCUUGAAGGAGCCCUUAGUGUUUACUGUGGAACAUUAAACCAACAGCGAAAUAUUCAAAAGGACCGACUGGAUAUUCAGCACCAAUAUAACGUACUAAUGGCCGCUAUUGGGAGAGCAGACCACCCGCUGCAUUCACUACAGGCAAGGUAUGACAGACAAGAAAAGCUUGUCAAUAAUUUGAAGGACAACAAGCUCAAAAUACAAAAUAAAACAGAAGAGUGUAAGCAGUUCAUUGGAGAGGACAAGGCUGGAUUUGACAAAGUGAGAGACAACACCAUUCACGAUAUUUAUAGCGAAAUUCGCAAGCCGGUGGACAUUGGAAAACCGUUUUACGAACCUGUCGUUAGCUUCUUGCGAAGUGCCGGACAAGCAAAUGUCAUUGCUCAGUGUGACCAGAUGGAAACUGAACUGGCAGCGUUCCUAAGCCAAAGGCGCUCAUCUCUUCGAUUGUGUUUGGAUUCUCUCUUUACAUACACCACAAUUGUUGUACAGUUUCCAAGUGACUAUGCCUCACAGACUUGGUGUGCCAAGUGGAUUCCAUGGCUGGAACGAAUAAUAUCACAUUCCACGGCAGAAACCUGUAACACUGUUUUGAAAGAACAUGAUAUGUCAAUCCAACGUCGGCUGCGAUCCAAUAAAGAGAGCGAGGAGGCAGUCACAUCUCUGGAGUCAAAUCUGCACCAGUAUUAUGUAGAUCAGAAUUCAAAACUUGUCAAGAUUAGUGAAAGGCGAGGCCAAGAACCAAAGGAAACAUCUUCUUUAUCGGGUCCAGUGACGGAGACUUGGAAUGCAAUGAGGAAAUUUGUCGGAGACGCCGGAGUUGCUGGGGCAACAAGUUUGGCUUGCGUCACUAUCACAGCCUUGACUACUCUUAAUGAAAGGUUUAUGGCAAUGGAAAAUGCUGCAACAGUUGCCGGUGAUAAACUAAUGCAUUUGACAUCAAGGGAUGGCGAUUGGUUCUUAGAUGAACUCUGUACAAUGUGUGGCAAUAUUGUCCAGCUCCUUUCCGUUUUGAAAAAUAACCCACUGCGUCCAAAGAAUUUCCAGAAACAGGAAACCCUUGAGCAAAUAAACAACUGCAUGCAAGUUCUGUUUGCUUCUGUUAAAGUCUAUGGCAGUUUUCAGGAAAUGAUGUCUAAUUUUCGAACAAUAAUCUUGCCGGAAGCACUGAGGAGCAUUCAAAAUGGGGACGAGUCUUACGUGGCAGUCACGGGGGAAUUUUCUGAUUGUCUUCCCAAGGCGUCAAUGUCAUUGUCAAAUAUCGUGGAAAAUCUGCAAGGCUCGGCAACUGAUGAUAAUCAGGAAGUGUACAGUGUUAUAGAAUCGAUGAAAGAUGACCUCGGCAAAAUCAUAGAACCCUUGGUGGAAACUGAGAACGGAAAAACAGAGAAUGUUGGCGAUACGAAAAUGUCACCUGGUCAAAUGCUUCUUGCCGGAUUCAGUGGCUUAUUCACAAAAAUAGAGUCCGAGCUUGGUUCCUUGUAUGAUUCAUUCAAGAAGUUCCAGCCCAGUGACUCUUUUGAAAACCUUGACCUGCACCAGGAUCAGAAGUUGCCCAAGACGAGCAAAAACAUGGCAAAUUUACCGUUUGGUCAUUGCCUUGGUUAUCUGUUUGCAAGAAGAAUCCAAGUGAUUGAUAACUUUUUCAAAGCCUGUACAAAGCAAGCUGCUGCAACUAGAGGUAUCACAGCCAAUUUGUCAAAUGUAGCAAAUGGAGUUGAAUAUAACAAAGACGGCAACACUGGGGAUCCAUCGAAAACUGAUUCAGAAUCCAUAACUGUGUUCAACGAGGAACUUCUUGCUUUCCACGUCAAACAGUUUGUCGCAGAAUGCGUUCAGAAAUUCAUCGUUGGCAUGCCAUCCUACUCACUCUCCCAACUUAUAAUGUAUUUUGUCAGCCUGCUCAACCCAAACGUUUCAAAAGAUCUAAAAGACAAGAAGUGCAAUACAAGCAUCGACGACCUAUGUAAAAAGGCUGUCGAGCACUGCUUAAAGAAUUCUUCGUUCAAUCACCACCAUUUGAACAAAGCAACGUCAUUGAUUCACGCUCAUGAUGUAGCUUGGCGGAAGCAUGACCUUGCCAGGCGCCUGGAGUCAGCUGCAGUCGUGCAAAAAGACAUCGUCCAACGUGCUCAGCUUCAGCUUGCACGGUUCCAGUGGCUUUAUGAGCAAAUUCUCUGCUCUCCUGGCAAGAAGCACAUCAUUCCUAUGGCAAGCCCAAGCAGAAGCUCAGUUCUCAGCGAAAUCAAGAAGCGUCUUCAGGCCAUUAGUCAAAUUGAAUCUAGUUUCCCAAAUAUAUUGGAACGCUACUCACAACUGCAAUCAUCGAUCGAACAGAGACUGAAGUGGGCAGCUGGAGCUAAUCCAGCAUUGAACUUGGUGCAACAUAAAUUCGAGGAAACAGUAGGAGUCCGAGAGCUUCUCCUUGCGAGCGAAAAGAAACUGAGUCCAGAGGUGAUUGAGCUGGCCAAUGCAGUUUUGAGACUAGAAACAUUUCGCAUUUUCACCAAAGAUGCUACUGCCUUUGACGCGUCUGUCGUGAGCCUCGUGCAGAAAUGUAAGGAGUGUUGUGAAGCUCUUGAAGCAAACACAGGGGAACUUGGCGACGUCGAGCAGCUUAUGAUGAAUCUUCAGAUCCCUAUACCACCGAAGGAACCGAUAAAUGUGGAAUGGAUGAAGAAUCGACUUGAUACAGCUGAUAAGAAGCUUAAGACUUUAAGAGCUAAGGAAAGAAACUUGAAAUCAACUAGCAACAGCCAUAAGGAGACCGUAAAGUCCCAUGUUCAGUCAGUAAAGAACUUGCUAACUGGUCAUAGCUCAUUAGUUGGUGAUGUGAAAUCAUUGCUGAAAGCAUUGGCCAAGGACGAAGAAGCACCAGAGUGUAUAGUUGUGCGAAAUUUCAUUGCAACUCACAACAAGUUUUCUGAAGAUGCCUCGAGUAUUCUGCGAAAAGUUCUUCAACUUUGUAGUGCGACCAAGCCCGAAAGUGAAUCAAAGGACACAAACCAGUACAGCUGCGAAGGAUCUAGUGAUGUGAUUGACAAAAUAAGAGAGCUUAUAGUUAUCACAAACUGGCUUCAUGAUCAGCUUUUAGCAUUUGCUUCGAAUGUGCUGGUGGAUGACAAUGAGGACGAAGAAGGCCCACAGACGUUUGCUUCUGCCCUAAGAAACCAGAGCCCGCCUAAAGUGCCAGAUUCGACUUCCAAUUUGACGCCAAAGCCUCAGGCCCAAGAACCAGACGGAGCCAGUACCAAUUCUGUGCUUUCGCCAAAUAUGCAACAUAAGAUAGUUGCCCGUGGUGGUACUACUAGUCCAAAGCAAGCAAUUGGUUUGACAAAGGAUCCAAAAUCGGGUAAAGCUACUCAAGAGAAGAACAUGUAUGCAGUCAACGUUUGGCGUCGUAUCAAGGCAAAAUUGGAAGGCAAAGAUUUGGAUUUAAAUCAUCGAAUGACCAUCCCUGAGCAGGUGGAUUUUGUCAUAAAGGAAGCUGUAGAUGUAGACAAUCUCUGUCAGCUUUACGAAGGAUGGACACCGUGGGUGUAGAACGGAAUGUGUGCCGCCUCGCCCGAGGUUUUGGAUAGAUCACUGUGGAAUCGUUGUAUUCCAUGCAUGACCAAUACUGCCUGAAGAGUCGUUGUUGGAAGCCAGCAAUCAGGACCAGAAUGAGUAGACGACGAGCCAGUCCUUAGGUGUUGGCGAUCAGCUUUUGCAGAAACAGCCCUGUCGCCUUUGGUUGUAGUUGGUGCUCUGGUCCUUUCUUAUUUGCAAAAUCAUGCAAAGUCGCUUUGCAGCUUGAAAUUUAAUUGGUUAAACUGAAUUGAAGCGACACAUACAGCAAAAAGAGUAGCUGCUUGGCUAAUUUUGCUGUCGAAGUCAAUUCACUGGUAUUUAAGAAGAUUGGUUUGAUCUCUGGACAUUGAACCCGAGCAUACUGUUAGCUACACGUAAACAUCUUGUCAAGGCCAGGGGUCAUCUAGUAUGUAGCAUUACUUCGCGCUCGGGGUGUUCAUCCAGUUGCUAAUGUAUGUCUCAUUCGCCGAGGAUGUCUUUAUUUCUGUCAUGCAAUAGCAUGCUGUUUGAAAUAUUUCCUUUCAUUUAUUGCGCUCAAUUUUUCUUUGAUAUCAUAGCAGCAUAUGCUGUUCCUUUGGUCAAACUAUUGAACCAUUAUUGGAUUUGUCUACUGUUGUUGAAAGGAUGCUUCUCCGUUUCUUUUAGCGGAUCAAAUCAGAAACUAAUACAUCGUGUGAUAUCUUUUCAUAAGAACCUGUUAUUAGUAAAAAAAGGAGGCACUAAUUCUGAAAGUCAUAAGCAACACUUUUUUUAAGAUGAAAUGAACUUUCAAAGUUAAUUUCAAAGUUUCAAUUGCCUUUUAUAGUUGAAAUAGCAGCUAUAACUUACGUUUAAUGAGAAGCUUCAACAGUUGGUUCAAAGAACAAAUGAACGCCAAAUAUGCUGGUACUGUAGUUGUAACAAUAUUGGUUUUGGUUUUUUCUACUAGAGUGUAAAAUGCUUCAUUCUUUAAAUGUCAAAGUCGUUUUCUUUUUCAGAUAUGUUUCUUCGAUUAUUAGCCUAGUCGCUGCAAGUUGCUUAUACAUAUUCAGCAUUUUCGCCUUGCGUCGUACAUUGGCGUGAACUAAUUGCCAGCACUUUGUUUAAAUUACGCGAUUGUAGAUUUGUUAUUGUUAUUUGACUGUUAUUUGAGCAUGGUAGAUUUCACCCCAAUAGCUGCUUUCAUGUAUACUUGUUUUCUUGUUUAUGUAACAAUUUUGCUUUGGCGUUUGUUUUACUUCUUGUUUUAUCAAAAAAUGGAAUUCCUGUUUCCAAA